UGCAUCUACACUGAACUCUCUGCUCUAACCCUCAGGAAGUUCUUCCUCAAGUUUGAGUUUGCAUAGUAUUUUAGCCUUCUCUGCCAUAGAGGUUUGGUGCCUCACCAAUCUACAAAUCCUAGGAUUUCAUGUUGUUGUUUAUUCGUUUAGUCGCUUCCGACUCUUUGUGACCUCAUGGACCAACCCACACCAGAAUUUCUUGUCGGCCAUCACCGCCCCCAGUUCCUUCAAGGUCAAGCCAGUCCCUUCAAGGAUAGCAUUCUCAUAACAAUCCUGUAUCUUUGACCAUUCUUGUACCAGUUUGCACUUUUUACCCAUGUCAACUUGAUAUAGACACGGGGUCUAUUCCCAUCCCAAUUUGCACUUCCAAGAAUUUGCAGCACUUUAUCAGUCACCUCGUGUUUACAAUAUUUAUAGGGUGCACCUUACCCAGUCCACUUUUACAACCUCUCCGUUUUAAUCCAUGUUUUUAUUAGUUCUUGUCAUUUGUUUUUAUUGGCUAAUGUUUAAAUUUUUAUAAUUGUGCAUGUCUCUGGUCUAUUGUUGUGUUUUAUAUUGCGAUUGUUUUUAUUCGGGCUUGGCCCCAUGUAAGCCGCCCUGAGUCCCCUUUGGGGAGACAGAGGCGGGGUAUAAAAAUAAAGCUAUUAUUAUUAUUAUUAUUAUUAUUUUCCCAAUAAAUAUACUUCACAACCUCUGAGGAUGACUGCCAUAGGUGUGGGCGAAACGUCAGGAGGGGAUGCUUCUGGAACAUGGCCAGGCAGCUCUGAAAAUGCACAACAACCCACUUUGGUGGGAUCUCAUCCCUGCUUUCUGAGGGAAUACAGGACAGAAGGGGGUUUCCUUUCCUUGUCAUAGCUCUUCCCCCCCCUUUCCUCCUGCCAGUGGCCCCUCCCUCCCUCUCUCUCUCUUUCUCUUUCUCUCUCUCUCUCUCUCUCUCUCUCUCUCUCUCUCUCUCUCUUUCCCUCCCAGUUAAUCCCUUCGUCCGGGCGAAGCGCCAUCAACCUGCAGCCGGAGACAGAAGAGGAGGAGGAAGAAGAAGAGGAAGAGGAGGCAUCCGGAGAGGAAGGUCGCCACUUUGCCUCUGCUGCCAGCCCAGCCAGGCCAGGACCCGGGUCGGAGGAGCUCUUCCUGACGCCUGAGAAGAAGGAGGAAAAGUAGGAGAAGAAGGAGGAGGAGGAGGAGGAAGGAGGAGAAAACGACGAGCAGAGGGAGAGGAAUUAGUGGAGGAGAAAAGGAGACGAGGAGGAGGAGGAGGAGGAAGGAGAAGAAGCAGGAGAGCAAAGAACAAGAGGAGGAGAAGAGAGAGAAGGGAAGAAGAAAAGAGGAAGAAGAGGGAGACAAGGAGGAGAAAGAAGACCGGGGAGAGGAAUAUAGCAGAGGAGGAGGAGGAAGGAGAAGAAGCGGGAGAGGAAAGAACAAGAGGAGGAGGAGAGAGAGAAGGGAAGAAGAAAAGAGGAAGAAGAGGGAGACAAGGAGGAGAAAGAAGACCGGGGAGAGGAAUAUAGCAGAGGAGGAGGAGGAAGGAGAAGAAGCGGGAGAGGAAGAAGAGAAGGAGGGGGAAGGAGAAAAAACAGGAGGAAGAGAAGAGAGAGAGGGAGAAGAAAAGAGGAAGAAGAGAGAGAGAGGGAAGGUAAGAAGAGGGAGACAAGGAGGAGAAAGAAGAUGGAGGAGAGGAAUUAGCGGAACAGGAGGAGGAGAAGAAGGAGAAGAAAAGAGGGAGAGGAGGAAGAUAAGAAGGGGGUGAGGAAAGAGGUGGAGGACGAGAAGAAGAAAAAGAUAAGGAGAAAGAGGAGGGAGAGAGGGAUUAGCAGAGGAGGAAGAGGAAAGAAGAAGAGGCCGAGGAAAAAGGAGAAAUAGAACAGGAGGAGGGAGGAGAAAGAAGAAAGAAAAGGGAGAGGAAUUAGCGGAGGAAAGGGAAGGGGGAGGAGAGGGAGAAGGAAAGAGGAGGAAGAAGAGCGAGACUAGGAAAGGAGCAGGAAGGAGGAGAAAGAAGAAGGGGAGAGGAAGGAAGAAGCGGGAGAAGGAGAAGAAAAGAGGGAGGAAGCAGAGGGAGAGGAGGAAUAGGAGAGGGUGGAGAAAGGAGAGGAAGAGAAGAAAAAGAGGAGGAGGAAGAGGGAGGAGGAGAAAGAGGAAUUAGCAGAGAAGAAGGAAGGAGAAGAAGAAGAGAAGGAGGAGGGAGGAGAAGGAAAGGGUGAGGAAAGAGGAGGAAGAGAAGAAGAAGAGAAGGAGGCGAGGAGGAGGAGGGAGAUGAAAUAGUGGAGGAGGAGGAAGGAGGAGGAGGGGCGUGUCUUUGCCUUCCCUCCCUCCCCCCCCUUUUUGCGGGGAUGCCCCUCCUGGGCUAGGGAUGGCCCGCCCGCCCCCCCGCCGUGCCCCGGACCCCGGGCCUGCUCCUCCUGCCCCUGCUCCCCCGUGCCCCCUUCUUCCUCCUCCUCUGCUUCCCCCGGGUGCUGGUGGUGCUGGGGGUGCCGCUGUCCCGGGGGGCGCGGUGCUGGUGGCGGAGGUGCUGCUGCUCUUCCUGCGCGGGGUCUGCCCCUCCCCGGCGGCCCCCCGGAGCGCCCCCUGCCCCUCGGCGCCCUGCUUCUGCUUCUCCACCCCGGACACGGACCAGUGCCGCUACCUGGCGCUGCAGGACCCCCCGCAGGGCCUCCCGGAGCCCGUGAGGAACCUCUCCAUCCUGGGGGGGAACCUCACCCUGCUCCCCGGGGCCGCCUUCGCCGGAGGGUGGCGAGGAGAGGACCGGGAAUGGACAGAGGGAGAAGACGCGGCCACCUGCCGCCCGCUGCCCCACCUGAGGGUCCUCCUCCUGACCCACAACAACAUCGAGGUGGUGGAAGGGGGUGCCUUUGCCGGGCUGCCCGCCCUGACCCUGCUGGACUUGAGCCACAAUCCGCUCCAGGCCUUGUCUCCGUUCGCCUUCGCCUUCUGCCCACACUUGCACACCCUGCGCCUCAACCAGGCCCUGCUCUCCUCGCCUGAGACUCUACUCAAGGAGGGCAGCCUGGUGAACGUCAGCCUGACCCGCCUGGAGCUGAGGGGCAACCGCCUGCGCGACGCUCCCCCCGGCUGGGCCUUGCCGCCCUCCUUGCGCGACCUGGACUUGCGCAACAACUCCCUCCGCGGCCUCCGAGCCCAGCGCCUGGACUCCUUCCUGCCUCUGCCGGCCCUGAGGCUGCAGCUGGGCGCCAACCCCCUGGACUGCCAGUGCGCCUCGCUGCGGCCCCUCCUGCGCUGGCAGAGCAACGCCACCUGGCGCCUCCUCGACGCCCGCAGCCUGCGCUGCAACAGCCCCGCGCGGCUCAAGGAGGCCCUGCUGCGCCGGCUGCAGCCUGCCCAACUGGGGUGCCCCCCAGGGGACGACAAUGAGGAAGAGCAAGGCGGCUGGGGGCUGCUGGACACAGGCCGGGACGCCCAGGACCCCCAGCUGGAGACCGCCUCCUACGUCUUCUUCGGCAUCGUCCUGGCCCUCAUCGGACUGGUCUUCCUCAUGGUGCUCUACCUCAACCGGAAGGGCAUCAAGCGCUGGCUCAACAACCUGCGGGAGGCCUGCCGGGACCAGAUGGAGGGAUACCACUACCGCUACGAGCAGGACAGUGACCCACGGCGGGUGGGCUCCGGGGACCUCUGAGGAUGGAGCUGGGAAGGGGCUUGUUGCUGGCGGCAACGUCCCUUCCAGAUCUGCCUCGAGAGGGGAAUAUGCUCCUGGCACCAGGAAUAGAGCUGCUACUCUUUGCCCAGAGGGAAUGUUACCCUGCACACUGUGCCAUGCUCCAUCCGUUCCAGGGCUAGGCUGAGGAUGGACACUGUCCUGGACACAGGAGGGACAUCUUCAUCCUCUGAGGAUGGAAGUGGACAGGGGCUUGUUGCAGGCGGCAACGUCCCUGGUGGGUCUGCCUCAUGAAUGAAAUGUGAUUCCAGCAGCAGAAAUUGUCCUCUGCAAUAGGGAAUGUUGCCCUGGACACUGGAGGCUCACUGCUCCAUCUGUUCCAUGGCUAGCUUGAGGAUGGACACUGCCCUGGGCACAGGAGGGACAUCAUCAACCUCUGAGGAAGGAGGUGGACAGGGGCUUGUUGCAGGCAGCAACGUCCCAUAUAGGUCUGCCUUGAGAAGGAAAUGUGCUUCCAGCAGCAGAAAUUGUUCUGUGCAAUAAGAAAUGUUGCCCUGGACACUGGAGGCUCAUUACUCCAUCUGUUGCAUGACUAGGUUGAGGAUGGACACUGCCCUGGACACAUGAAGGACAUCAUCCUGAACACUGGAGACCAUCUGCUCUGUGCUCCAGCCUCUGCUCUCAGAAUGUUGCCUAAGACCUUAGAGGUGGGCUGCUCCAUCUCUUCCAGGUUUGCACUUUUUUUAAUGUCAGGCGUGACUUGAGAAACUGCAAGUCACUUCUGGUGUGAGAGAAUUGGCCGACUGUGAGGACGUUGCCUGGAUGUUUUAAUGUUUUACUAUUCUUGUGGGAGGCUUCUCUCACGUCCCUGCAUGGAGCUGGAGCUGACAGAGGGAGUUUACCCACUCUCCCCGGAUUCGAAUUGCCGACCUGUCAGUCAGCAGUCCUGCCGGCACAAGGUUUGCACUGAGAGGGGACAUUGUCUCAGACUCUGGAAUUUGGCUUCUCCAUGCUCUAUUCCUUCUAGAGACUCAGAAAGGACCUUGCUGCAGAUACGGGAGUUCGACUGCCUCAUCCCUUCCAUUGCUUAGAGGUGUUUUCCCAGACCCCUUGCUCCGACCCUCCUGAGAAGAAGGAUUGACCUAAGCUCUAGAGACCUAAUCUAAAAUCACAGGAAAACUCCUCAUCGGAUCAAGGCGAAUUCCCAAGAGAAAUUGACCUUUCACUGGUUUCCCUUUUCCCUGAUUCUAAGGAACUAACAUUGGAAUCCAAAACAUCCUCUGUCUCAUCUUCAAGGGUUUUUUUGUUUUUGUUUUUUUCAUGUCAGGAGCAACCGGAGUUGCUUCUGGAGUGAGAGAAUUGGCCGUCUGCAAGGACGUUGCCCAGGGGACGCCCGGAUGUUUUUGAUGUUUUUACCAUCCUUGUGGGAGGCAUCUUCAAGGUGAAAAAUCGUCUUCCAAUGGACCGCAAUAGUUUUCCAAGUCUUCCUCCUUCGAGCCUGCACUUCUCUGCGUCUCCAGAAGUGGGCGCCGUUUUGCAAUGCCCCAAAGAAAGACCCCAGACUCAAUUCAAGACUCGAUCUCGUUGGACUUUUGCACAAACCUUGAUGGAAACCUCUCUCUAUAUAUAUUUCCCGCUCUUUGGCGAUGCAGUGGAAAAGCCGGGGGUCCCGACUGUGUUGCCUUGAACCUCUGGACCAAAACGCCUCGUCCUUUCUGCAGCUGGCUCUGUGCUCUUCUCUAUAUCAUCUCCCACCCGCCGCUUGGGAAACUACGCAUCCCUCCUGUUGCUUUCUCGUGCAUCGCCUCUUCUCUCUUUACUUUACCUUACGUUUCGGAUUAUUUGAGAUCGAAGAACAAGAACACGAGUCAUUGCCGUGAGCUGGGAUUUCUUUGACACAUUGGACACUUUUUAAUUACUAUUAUUAUUACUAUUAUUAUGCAUUAUUAUUAUUAUUUAUUUGGCACCAAGCGAUGCCAACGGGGGGAGAAAACAAACAACAUAAGUAAACUUUUCUGUAGGCUGAGUGUUUCUGAAGCAUGCGGAAACAACCCAUUUUUCCUGAAUUACGAAAACAUAGAAUUAGGGCUGUUUUGCUAAAAUCCCACCCCGAAAAUAAUUACUCCUAGUUUAAUUCUUCUUGCUUGAGGAUACAGAAAGCCUGCAGAGUCAGGGUGCGUUGUCUACACUGUAAAAUUAAUGCAGUUUGAUGGCACUUUAACAGCAAUCGUGGGAGUUGUAGUUCUCGGUGAGGCAGAGAAAGGCCUUCCAAUGCUACAACUUCCAUUGCACUGACCAUUCAAACCGCAUUGAUUUCUACUGUGUCAACGCACUCUGGCGACAUCCACGUCCCUCCUUUUGGACUACAACUCCCAGAAUCCCCAGCCAACCAGCUGUCUGGGGAUUCUGGGAGUGGUGGCCCAAAGACUUGCAUCCGGCGGCCCUUUCUGUUGUAGACCAAAGCUGCUGUUAGUCUCCGGCUAGAGCAAAGAAAUGGAAAAACUUGCAUCUCUUCUGCCUCGUGUUUUUCUUUCUUACUUGCUUUCUUUCUUUUUUUUUCUAUAAAGCUCAAUUGCAAUCA